GAAACUUGUCCUCAGCCCAGCACCGCCCCUGCUGAGUGUCCCACAGGGGCCCUGGGUGAGGGCAGGAGCGUCCAGUCGAGUUGACCACCCGAGGCAGUGGCAUCAUGGGGGCCCCCUGGGGCUGGUUGGCAGCCGGCGUGCUGGCCAUAUCCCUGGCCUCUGCAGUGACCCAGGACGUGUGCCGAGCACCAGACGGAACAAAUGGGGCGGCAGGAAUACCAGGCCGACCUGGGAGGCCAGGCCUCAAGGGGGAGCAAGGGGAACCGGGGGCCCCCGCCAUAAGGACGGGCAUCCGAGGCCCUAAAGGAGACCAGGGGGACCCUGGGCUCCCUGGAUUACCUGGCAUUUUGGGCUACUCAGGGCCCAGCGGCCUCCCGGGGGAUCCUGGUGCCCCAGGAAGCAGAGGCGCCAAGGGCAACCCAGGAAACAUCAAGGACCAGCCACGGCCGGCCUUCUCGGCCCUGCUGCGGAACUCACUCUCAGGGAGCAACGUGGUCAUCUUCGGCACCGUCGUCACCAACCAGGAGGGCGCGUAUCAGAACAACUCGGGCCACUUCGUCUGCGCCGUGCCCGGCUACUACUACUUCACCUUCCAGGUGGUGUCCAAGUGGGACAUCUGUCUGUCCAUCAUGCUGUCCGCGCGGAGCCAGGUCCGGCGCACCUUGGGCUUCUGCGACGCCAACAGCAGGGCCAUCUUCCAGGUGGUGUCGGGGGGCACGGUGCUCCAGCUGCAGCGUGGGGACCAUGUCUGGAUUGAGAAGGACCCCGCCAAGGGCCGCAUCUACCAGGGGCCCGAGGCUGACAGCGUCUUCAGCGGCUUCCUCAUCUUCCCGUCUGCCUGAGCCGGGGACGGAGCCCCCUCCUCACCCGGGCCUCAUCUGCUUCCUGCUCUGUGACCCCAGCCCGGCCCGCUCACUCCACCUCUCUGGUGUCUGUGCUCCGCUCUGUAAAGUGGGAGGCUGUUGCUUUCGUUGCCCGAAGGAAGGUUAUUUCUGAGAAAACUUCCUGGAAUAAACACUUAAGUCCACACCUUCUGAGCUUGAGAGUCUGUUGCGACGGGGGUCACAAGAAUGACAGUUACUGAGUCCUCAGGAGGAGGCCUGCAUUCAGGCAUUUACAAUAUGUGCUUAGAGUCCUGGGAGCUUAUCAGCCUGGGUUCUAAUCCUGGGGUCCCCACUUACCAGUCGUGCACACACACACACACACACACACACA